AACGUAUUGUCAAACAGAAAAGCAAAAUACCUAAAAGAUUUAGGAUUAGGAGAUCCAAAAUAUGUGGAAUCUUCGAGAAUGUUCGACAAUCUGUUAAAGAUAGCAGGUGGCCUUUGCAAAGAAGUGAUUGCCGAGGACGAAUUAGAAAAAUUGGAGCAUCACAUUGUGGAAAUACACCUGUUUGCCGUUCGUGAAGUAUCGAUUUGGCAUUCUCAAAUUACAAGAAGGCUGAGAUUUACCGUGUAA